UGUACGAUACGCGUGCUAUAUAUGUACUUCACAUGUACCUCUUCUACCAGGGCGCACGCCGUAGUGACAAUACUGGCAUUGGCAUGGGCACAGCCUCCAGGUGACACGCAGCCAUCCCAUUUGCCUUUCUCCCCGACGAGCAGUCAAGCCAGUCUUCUACGUAACAUCAUGAUCCGACAGCCACUCCCCUCCCAUAUUCUCCUUUAUCCUUCUCCCUCUCGCAUCGCACGCUCCUUUAUAUCCCACGCCCGAACUAGACCGCUAUAACUCCGUCUGGAUUGUGUAAGAGAGAGGAGAGAUACCUGCGCUCGGUAGCCGACGCCAUCUACGCCUUCGCUCGGCCGCUCCCAACCAGCGCAGAUUCGCCCACCCACGACACGGUACCAAAGCGCUAGAGUCGUCGCCGCACGAGCCCAGUCCAGUCGAAUCGCCCGCCUGCUACUACUACUACGAUGUGUCUCAUCUUCACCUGCGGCGAGCACACCUUCCGCAAGGAAGUCGAGGGCUACGAGGGCCUCACCUGCCAGUGCCACAACUGCGGCAACUAUGCCGGGCACGCCGUGAAGAGCAAUCCCUGGUUCACCUUCUGCUUUAUCCCCGUCGUCCCGCUCUCCUUCCACGGCUACGAAGACGUCGUCUGCAGCAUCUGCAACUUCGCCCAGCCCCUCGAGCACCGACCCGACGUCCACGCCAUGAGGCGCGGCGCCGCCCCCGCCGGAAUCCCAAUGCAGAACCAGCCCCCCGGCCCUCCGAAGCCCGGCGUGCCGCCCCCGGGAUGGGGCCAGGGGCCGCCCGGCGGCCAGGCGCCCAUGAGAUACGGCUAGACAGACACGGAGAGGUCGGCCCGAGCUGUAUGUAGGAUCGGUUGGUUGGGGGUGGGAACGGAGUUGAUGGGGGUGACAAGAGGUGAUUACGACAGCGGACGGGCAAAAUAAUGAGAUGGCAAGGAGCAAAAGAAAAAAAAAGAGGGGGGUAGCGGGGUUGCUUGCAUCACGGCCGGCGUUCAAUGAAUUACGACGGCCUGUCGAUAGGAUGGAUAUUCGCUCUCGCUCUCGUUCGAGAGGUGUUUAGAUGUGACCAAGAUGAAAGCUGGCGGGAUGAGCCGUAGAAACGGGGUUCUUUCCCGCGCUUAUGUUUAUAAGUUUGGAGUUCGGGGUAUGUACGAGGGCGAUGGUCCCUCCAAGUGUUGGUGCUUUACGCGUGCUUCUGCAGGAGUCGCCGAUAUACAUAUACAUAUGGGAAUGGAAGAG